AUCAAAAAAAUGUCACCCGUGCGAACCCAAGCCUCCAUGAAAGUCGCACGUGGGUACGAGUCGGCCACCCUCGCCCUCGCCCUCGCCUGCAAGCGCCUCCGCCCCCUCACCCCCACCUCCGCCUCCACAGCCGCCGUGUUUGAUAUCAAGAGCUUCAUCAGACCGGAAAGUGGUACUAGGACUAGGAGACAUGGAACCUCGGAUUAUCAGAAAAGAGAAUCAGUUCAGGCCGGUGGGACGAGGUGGAGUCCGGCACAAGAGCAGAUGGAAAUACUCGAGAGGCUUUACCAAGGCGGCAUGCGAACCCCCAACGCCCAGCAAAUCGAGCAGAUCACGGCGCAGCUGGCCAAUUACGGCAAGAUCGAAGGGAAAAACGUGUUUUACUGGUUCCAAAACCACAAGGCGCGUGAGCGCCAGAAGCAGAAGCAGAAGCUCGGCCUCAGCCCCCUGCCUCCCUUUACCGCGGGAGGAGAGGAGUUGGAUUGCGGAGGUAAAAAACGGAAAUGUCGCGUUGAAGUAGAUUAUAGAUGUAUACAAGGAGGAGACGGAGAAGAUAGAACCCUCAAGUUAUUCCCUUUGCACCCGGAGGGAAGAUCUUCAUAAUUAAUUAAUUAAUUAAUUAUGGUUAUUUGUAGUCGAGUUUGAACUGUAGACUCUUUUUUAUUUUGUAGUACGUAUGCUUUUGAUUUAUUAAUGCUAUGCAGCUGCCAGUCCAAUGUUUACUUUCCUUUUUUUCUUGGUUUGAACAAGGGAGAGGAAGAAAA